CACAUUUUGACAUGAAGAUGGUUGGAAGCUGGCUGUUUCUCCUCGUCUCUCUCCAAGGAUAUGAGGCUCCCUCCACCCCCAAUGUGAACUGCCUGAUCAUUAACCUGGAUUAUGUCAACUGCACCUGGAGUGAACAGGGGAGUCCAGAGGUCAACUACACCUUCUUCCACAAAAGGUUCAUCAAAGGUAAGAUGGAGGAGUGCACAACAUAUCUCCAGGAGGAGAGUUAUGCUGUGGGAUGUAGACUGUCCUAUGACAAGUCUGACAGGUUUAGAACACUGACAACCAAACUGGUCCAUCAGAACAACAGUUAUGUGCAGGACCAUAACCUGAAAAGCAUGGUGAAGCUUUACCCUCCUGUCAACCUGUCAGUUGAGAUGAACAAAGACCCAGAGCUGAAUCUGUACUGGAACAACAGCAAGAACACCUUAUGCAUUGAGAGUGAAGUUCGCUACAGAAUAAACGGUGACAAGUGGAAGACAUCUACUCCAAGCAAGGAACAGAAGUAUGCUGUGGCUUUCCCGUUAAAGAGCAGUCGGUAUGAGUUUCAAGUGAGAGCACGAGUCAACGACAUGUGUGGCGAGUCCAAGUUCUGGAGUGAAUGGAGUCAGCCUAUUCAAUGGGAUUCCAGGAAGGGAAAUAACAUCACAGAAAUAUCUGGCAGCUCAAUGUCUGUGUGGAAGCCAGUAUUGUCAUUAGUGGGUACCAUGACACUCUUCAUAUUGGCCUGCAUGCUGGUCUACAGGGAAAGAGAACGACUGAGAUUCAUCCUCAUUCCCAUUGUGCCUAAUCCAGGAAAGAACCUGAAGGACCUUCUUGACAAGGACACUGUAGAGGACUGGCUUCACAUCUCCGAAGGUGUUUGCUUCCAGUCUAACUUCACUGAGCUUGCCUGUCCUGUUCGUGAGUACAGUCUGGUUCCCCAAACUGGCAGCGUCAGUGAAACUGAGAGCAACUUCUCCAUCCUAACAGACCAGUCAGAUCUCCUGUCCACGUGCUCCUCCUCAGCUUCCACUUUUCCUGUCACAAGUGAAAAUGAACAAGCUGGUAUUGAAUGAUAGUUCCAAAGGUCUAAUAAUGCUUCAUAAUUUGUUUUACAAUACAAAACAUCCACAUAUAAACUACAACAUACAGACACACACAAAUAUCCACAACAUCACCCCUGCCCAGACAACACCUGUUCACACCCCCACCUCCAGCAUCACUCUCUGCCACAUGGCCUCAAACUGCACCAUUUUGUUUCUCUCCAUCACCCAGGCACUUUCAACAUUCAGUUAAAGAAUUGGACCUUUCCAUUGUGUAAACGAUGGAGGAUUAGUUCAUUUCCAGUUUAAGCACAGGUUUUUUGAAGAUGAUUGACAAGAAAAGUAUUGUCCAGCCCAUCUGGUAUCUCAUUGCACUCUCAUACGCCAUGUCUGGAAAUAUGCAGAGGGAUUAAAAGUACAUUUACAUUGUCACACUUCUGACAGCCAACAUUCUAACUCUGCACAUAAUUUUUGUGCUGCAGAUUAUAUACAUUAGUUUAUACUGGAUUAAGCAUACAUUUAUCUUAACAGUAAUUUCAUUAGUUUGUUCCAACAUUCCCUCCAUCUUGUGCCAAUGUCAGUUAUUUUUAAGUCUUGGUUCCAAUAGUUUCUAUUUUUUGUUGUUGCUCUAUAGCGCAUGUCAAACUCAUUCAACGGAGGGCUGAGUGUCUGCGGGUUUUUGCUCCUCCCUUGGUCACUGAUUAGUAAGGAACUCCCCUCCCCUGGUUGUCUAGGUCUUAAUUGAAAAAAAACUAGCCAUCACAAGGCCCUCAGUGGAAUGAGUUUGACACCCCUGCUCUACAGCCUAUACAUUAUUAUCUACAUUAUUUUAGCUGCUUUAGUGAUGGGCACAGGGUGAAAAUGACAAUCUCUUGUAAUGUUUAAAUUAUAGGCUAUUGUAUCUUGUGGAAUUGAGUGGAACAGCUGACUCUUUGAAUAUUAUCAUGCUUGUAAUAGUAUCUUUUUGCAUUUUUGUUAACAAGCAAGUGGCUACUGCUUUAGGCCAGGGUUUCCCAACCUCGGGUCUGCAUGUUUUGUUUUUUGGCCCUAGCACUACACAGCUGAUUCAAACAGCCAACUCAUCAUCAAGAUUUGAUUAUUUAAACCAGCUGUAUAGUUCAAGGACAAAAAACAACACAUGCAGCCAGGGGGGGGCUGGGACCGAGUUUGGAAACCCUGCAGUAGGCAACCCUGUUCCUGGAAUGCCACAGGUACUACAGGAUUUUGUUCCACUACACCAUCAUUAAGUUUGCCGACGACACAACGAUGAGACAGCCUAUUGGGAGGGGGUCAGAGACCUGGCAGUGUGGUGCUACGACAACAACCUCUCCCUCAACGUCAGGAAAAUAAAGGAGCUGAGCAUGCACCCAUUUACACCGACAGGGCUGUAGUGGAGGGGAUCGACAGCUUCAAGUUCCUCUGUGUCCACAUCACUAAGGACCUUUCAUGGUCCCAAUACACCAACACAGUCGUUAAGAGGACAUGUCUUCCCUCUCAGGAGGCUCUAAAAAGGUUUGGCAUGGGCCUCAGAUCCUCAAAGUUAUACAACUGCACCAACGAGAGCAUCUUGACUGGCUGCAUCACCACUUGGUAUAGCUACUGCUUGGCAUCUGACCGUAAGACACUACAGAGCGUAUUGCAUACGGCCAGUACAUCACUGGUGCAGAGCUCCCUGCCAUCCAGGACCUCUAUACCAGGCGGUGUCAGAGGAAGGCCCAGCCACCCAAGUCAUAGACUAUUCUCUCUGCUACCUCACGGCAAGUGGUACCGGAGUGCCAAGUCUGGGACAAAAAUGUUCCUGCACAGCUUCUACCCCCAAGCCAUAAGACCUCUGUUUAUUAUAUAUCAUGAUUACCUAGUCACUUUUACCCCUAACCUACAUGUAUAUAUUACCUCAAUUACUUCAACUACCUCGUACCAACUAACUCUGCAUUGUUGGGAAAGGGCUCGUAAGUCUGCAUUUCACGGUAAGGUCUACUAUACCUGUUGUAAUUCAGCACAUUGUGACAAAUAACAUGCGAUUUGAUUUAGACCCUCUUGAAUAUCAACAGGGACAACUCCGGUAUAAUUUUUUUGUUCUCAAAGUUGCCAGAAUGUCAUGUGCAUCACACUUAGAUCAGUACACUCGUAACAACCUAAGGCAUUACAAAACUUCUAUUAUAUAAAAUAAACCUCACAUAUCAAAAUAGCAGUGCAUGGAGGUGAGGAGCUGUCAUUCUGAAGUUUAGGGGCGAUGAGUCCGAUAAGGUUGACGGCUGUGAUAAAAGAGUUGAUGGGGAAGUUGUCAAUGCUAAAGUGUUAAGAGAUGGGAGCUUGUUGGUGUUCAUGUUGGCGCAGAGGGAAAAAGCUCAGAGUUAAGCAAAUAGGGAAGUGUAAAGUGGUGUGGAGCAGCUGGACUGAUCAAGCAGUGGAUUAAAGGGAUGAUAACAGGAGAGGUGUGGAGCAGCUGGACUGAUCAAGCAGUGGAUUAAAGGGGUGAUAACAGGAGAGGUGUGGAGCAGCUGGACUGAUCAAGCAGUGGAUUAAAGGGGUGAUAACAGGAGAGGUGUGGAGCAGCUGGACUGAUCAAGCAGUGGAUUAAAGGGGUGAUAACAGGAGAGGUGUGGAGCAGCUGGACUGAUCAAGCAGUGGAUUAAAGGGGUGAUAACAGGAGAGGUGUGGAGCAGCUGGACUGAUCAAGCAGUGGAUUAAAGGGGUGAUAACAGGAGAGGUGUGGAGCAGCUGGACUGAUCAAGCAGUGUAUUAAAGGGGUGAUAACAGGAGAGGUGUGGAGCAGCUGGACUGAUCAAGCAGUGGAUUAAAGGGGUGAUAACAGGAGAGGUGUGGAGCAGCUGGACUGAUCAAGCAGUGGAUUAAAGGGGUGAUAACAGGAGAGGUGUGGAGCAGCUGGACUGAUCAAGCAGUGGAUUAAAGGGGUGAUAACAGGAGAGGUGUGGAGCAGCUGGACUGAUCAAGCAGGGAAGCAGUGGAUUAAAUGGGUGAUAACAGGAGGGCAUGUCGGUGUUGUCACUGAAGAGGAGAGCAACAACUUGAGAGGAGGAGUUCUAGUGAAUGUUCAAAGAUUUCCAGCAACUAGGGAUGGGGAUAGGGGUGGAGUUAGGGGUGGAGUU